AUGUAUACUGUUCGAACAGUAUUACACUUUUAUCAUACACGUUUACGUUAUCUAACGGAAACAUGGAUUCCACUUGUUUCGGAACAUGUCUAUUUUGUUACGGAUUCUCUACCAUCAAAUAUAACAACGAUAAAAGCUGAUCAUGUUCAAUUUACAAAAUACUGUUCGAUUCAAUCACAUUCACUAAGUUCAUUAUGUUGUAAAACAGCACAUCAUUUUCUCUUAUAUCAUCGAUUCAAACAUAAAUACGAAUGGUUUUGCCAUUUUGACGAUGAUAAUUAUGUUAAUAGUAAGAAUUUAAAAAAUUAUUUGUCAAAACUAGAUUCAUCGAUACCUUAUUAUAUUGGUCGUAAUUCAUGGAAUACAACAUUAUAUCGCAAUAAAAAUCCAUUUCCCAUACCAUUCUGGUUUGCUACACUCGGUGCUGGAAUUUGCCUAUCAUCUAAAUUACUACAUUUAUUAAAACCAUAUACUACAAAUGUAGGACAUUUCAUUCGUGGAUGCAUUCGAGAAAAUUAUUUUGAUGAUAUUUAUUUGGGUUUUAUAAUCAAUAAUUUUUUAAAUGUUACAUUGACUAAAAACGAACAAUUUCAUUCACAUUUAGAAAAAACAUUGUUUGAUAACAAGGAAAAUUUUAUAAUGAAUUUAGCAAAUCAAAUAACAUUAGGAUUUCGUUAUCCUGAUCGAAUACCGCUAUUUUUACCCUUAGUUUUUUCUGAUGAUCCAUGGAGAAUUAGACUAAUACAUUGCUUAUUGUUUCCAAAUAGCAAUGAGUGUCAAGUGAAAAAAAUACGAUAUUUAAUAAAGUCUUUUAAUAUGACGGAAAAAUAA